AUGUACCCCGGCCAUCCAGAUUACAUCCUCUGUGAAGAAACCCAAAAUGCCGAUGCCAAUUCCCUAGCCGAUGAGCACCCAGCCGGUCCACAGGAUAUUGAUACCGCUCUUGAGUGGACCAAAGUUUCUUCCAAGGCGUGGACUUUACCCUGGUCAGCUCAUAUCCAAUCGAUGCACUGGAAGGAAUUCCACGAUGGUGCUUUGGCUUUUUUAUCUCAAAAGUGCUUGGCUCUCCUCCCUGCUAUGCAAAAGGCAAACCAAGGAAAGGAGAUCAGCUGGUUUGGGUCAAUUUCCGGCCACCCAAAGUACAGACCCCCACACGGAUUUCUGCUCCAAGGCCACCUGGACUUUUUGGGCUUUGGUGCGGCAGCUUACAAGGCAUACCCCGCGGAUGUCAAGUUUCGUUUGAUUAUGAAGGACCCGCGCAAGGAACCAUCCGUUUUGAAGUAUGCAUGGACUUUGUCGGAAGAUGCCCACAACAUUGUCAUCACCGGCGGCCCAAGAAUGUUGCUGACCGAAACCUAUAAGAGGUGCCUUGCCUCUGUGGCCAAUUCCCGGGAUAGUUGGGACAUGGACGAGUUGGCGAGCACCGAUAACGAGUCAAAUGAUCCCAGCAAAGGACAUGUUGCCAAGCAUCCACAAAACUAUGUGCACACCCCCACCAACAAUAGUAGCGACAUCGAAUUCGUUGACCUUCCAAAACGCCUCUUUCUUCCCGAGGAAAAUCCCGCUCCCAAUCAUCUCGAGGAGGAAACCAAUUUGAAAUGCCCCGUCAAAAACCUCAGAGUUGCUGUCACCAUCGUCUUCGACCAGGAAAUUGAUGUCUCAAACGACUUUGACCAGGAAGUCUCCACCGUCUUGUAA